AUGGCUAAACUUCAAAAUGCUGAACAAGCACAAGCUGAACAUCCAAAAUUGGAUGAUUUAAUCAGUCUGAAAACUGAAAAUGAAAAUCUGCGAGAACUUCUGAAAGAUAAAAAUGAAUGCAUUGAUGAUCUUGUCCAGCAGAAGAACGAUCAGGAAUGGAGUCUCGGUGAGCAUCGACAGUGGCUUCAGGAUUGCAAGGAUAGAGUAAGCUGGUUAGAUGGUAUCGUUGUGGCGAAGAAUGCAGAAAUUGAUGAAUUACGAUGUGAAAAUGAUUGUCUUAAAUCUGACUUGGCUAAAAUAUCACAAAAUGGUGACAUUAGCAAAUUGAAUGCUACAAUUGAAAAUUUGCGCUAUGAAGUUAGUAAUAAGAAUGAUGAGAUUAAUGAAAUUAUAAAACAACGAGAUGAAAUGGUAUGGAAACUUGGCGAACAUUGUCAAUGGCUUGAAGAUGCUAACACCAGAGCUAAUGAUCUGGCUAAAAAAUUGGCCGAAAAGGAGCAAAUUUUAAAUUCACUUUUUGAAAAGCAUCCAGAAAUUACAAAAGAAAAGUAUGAUAAAGCCGACAUUACAUUAGUUGGAUCUGAACCGGUGGAAAUUGAUAAGGACAAGCAAGAACCGAUAGAGAGUGAUAAGAACAAGCUAUUUGAAAAAAUAUUCGAAUUGGAGACUAGGUUGCUCGAUGCAGAGAAAGAAAUGGCAGCGGCAGCAUCGCAGACUUAUGCUGACAGCCAAUUGAUAAUUGAACAUGAAGCGACAAUGGCUAAACUGAGAGAAGCUCUGGAGCAGAAAGACGCUGAUCUCGUACGUGUCAACAAGGAACGAAAUGAUGCUGAAUGGUUUCUCGGUGAAGAGCGGCAACACUUGAAGGAUGCUAAUCAACGGUAA